GUGAUCGGUCGUCGUCGUGUCAGAAAGAGCCUCGCGAAGAAGAAAGAGCCAUCGUCCGUCGUCCCUCCCGUAUCACUGCGCUGCAUACCAGUAAUCAGUCGUCGUCGUCAGUCGCGAAGAAAAAUCUCCAUUGAAAAAAGUGUCUUGAAUUAAUUGGAAACGCGAUUAAUUAGGUGGUGCGUCGCGAAAGAAAGAACUUUUUCUACGAAACUACUAGCUGCCGUCGUCGUCGGUCGCGGUCGUUCCAGCUAUACACGGAGAGUGUGUGUGAAAAGAAUCGGAGUAUAUUUAGUGCGAAAUCUGUGGCUGAAUUCGAGUGGCCUACCGAGAAAGGAUUUACAUUAUCUGCUUCGGAUCGAAAGGGAGAGAGAGAGCUUCAAUAGGAGGAAAUGUCCGCAUCCGCGAUGAGUCCCGAAUACGACUACCUGUUCAAACUGCUGCUGAUAGGCGACUCGGGAGUUGGAAAGUCUUGCCUUCUGUUGAGAUUUGCCGACGAUACAUACACGGAAAGCUAUAUCAGCACAAUCGGUGUAGAUUUUAAAAUUAGAACCAUUGAUCUGGAUGGCAAAACAAUCAAAUUGCAAAUUUGGGAUACCGCCGGUCAGGAGCGCUUCCGUACGAUAACGUCGUCGUACUACCGAGGUGCGCACGGUAUCAUCGUGGUGUACGACUGCACCGACCAGGAAUCGUUCAACAACGUGAAAACGUGGCUGGAGGAAAUCGAACGCUAUGCCUGUGAGAACGUCAACAAGCUGCUGGUCGGCAACAAGUGUGAUCUGCAGACAAAGAAGGUAGUCGACACGACUACUGCUAUGGAAUACGCCAACCAACUCGGCAUUCCAUUCCUGGAGACGUCCGCCAAGAACGCAACCAACGUGGAGCAGGCAUUCAUGACGAUGGCAGCGGAGAUCAAGAAUCGCGUCGGACCACCGUCGAGCGCAGCCGAGGCGCCCAGUGCCGUCAAGAUCGACAAGAGCCGCAGCGUCGAGUCAAAGUCCGGCUGUUGCUGAACAGUUUUACUUUUGUUGUUCUCAGUUUCUCUUGUAUAUUUCCCCCCAAAAAAGAGAGGAGAAGGCGUAAAGAUAACAACAACAACAACAAGAACAAUAGGCUUUUGUCUGCUUCUUCUGAUGAACUAAAACUAAUGUGCACUACUAUUACUAGUACUCUUAUUGAAAUACUACAACUUAUUACUACCAUUAUCCGAUUCUUCAUUAAAUGAUCACAACACAACAGAGCCACAACAGCACGGUCGGACGUUUUUUUCCUCCAUCAGACAAGGCAAGGAAAUUGUGUCACAGAAUUCUUGCAAUCAAGUUCGAGAUACUACAGAAACAGCAGAUUAACAAAGAGGGAUAACCAGUUUAGUGUAUGAUUUAACCCAAGAUCUAUUUAGACACGUGGACGCCCACAGAGGGACUUUGCGAAGGGAAAUAAUGAGAAAAAAAACGCUAGUAUAAGAAAAUAAUUAUUCAUUAGAGGAAAUACUUUUACUAGAAAGAACCAACCAAGAGAAGGGAGGAUACAAUGAACGGAGGAUUCCAAAAAAAAAUAAGAGCGAAUAUUUGUAACGUUCGAGCCGAGAAAUGGACGGUCGAAACGCUUUGAAGACAUACAAUAAACAAUAGAGACAAACACACAGACAUAAACAAGUGAUGGUAAAGUUUAAAUAAAUUAGCAAAUAUAAUUUUUUGGCCAAAAAAAAAAGAUAAUUGCGAAGCGAAACAAA